AUGUCUGGCAGCAGCUUGCUACGUAUUCUGGCCUGCGCGGCUGCGGUGGCCUUUGGGCUUGCAUCGGCCGACGACUUCAAGCACGAAUAUGAGGCCUAUAAUGAUGCCAAGUUUGGCAUUUACCCAGAUAAUACAUACAAGGGGACAAAUGCCAAGUCGCCGCUCCUCCAGAUCAAUUCUUGGGAAAAGGAGUCCAUGUCAAAAUCGGGCUCCCAUGUCUUUCUGAGACACAAUGGAAGGCAGGACAAUUGGGGCAAUCAGCAGGCCUCGCCGCUCAUUCUCGACGCUGAAGACUUGACUGCCGUUUAUAUGAAUCGGAGUUUUCCCGUCGUGUUCAACGUUCGGGUGCAGGAGAACUUUGGCAAGAAAUAUCUGACCUUUUACGGCGACAAACUCGUUGCGCAGGGCCUGGGGGAUGGCUACUGCCACAUUUACGACACCUCGUACCGUGAGGUCUACAAAGUGGGCGCAAUCGGCCUCAAGACCAAGGCGGACUUGCACGAGUGCGAGCUUACUGGCCACGGCACCGUCAUCUUGAGCAACUACCAGCCAGACACAUAUGACACCCCCGCCGGCGUCAAGAGCAACCCCGUGUCCAUCAGGGAGAGCAUAUUUCAGGAGAUUGACUUGGAGACGAACAAGGUCUUAUUCACGUGGAAGGGUUCUCGGCAUGUCGAUAUCUACAACUCUUUCGAGGGACACAAUACUCCAUGGGAUUAUUUUCACAUCAACACCAUUCAAAAGGCACCUGAUGGAAACUACCUUGUCUCGGGCAGGCACAUGCAUUCCAUCUACAUGGUCAACGGCAAGACUGGCGAAGUCAUGUGGACUCUUGGCGGUAGAAAGAAUGAGUUUGUCGAGCUGCCCCCAGAAGAGGGCGUCGAAUACAGCAACCCCGCGCUCAAGUUUGCCUGGCAGCACCAUACCCGAUUCUAUCCGGGGACGGAAAACGGUGUUGCCGACGGCGUCUUCGAGGUGACCUUUUUCGACAAUCACCGCAACGACCAUAGCGAGGCUGGGUGCACGUCAGACUGCUCUAGGGGCCUGCACCUCCGGCUCGACACCAAGUCGAACCCCAAGACGGUGCAGCUCGUUCGCGAGUAUCAGCACCCCGCCGGGCUGAUCGCCCAAAGCCAGGGCAGCAUGCAGAUCCUGGACAAUGGCAACGUCUUUAUCGGCUGGGGCAGGAUGCCGGCCUUUACCGAGCACACGCCCAACGGGACGACGGUCUGGGACGUCCAGUUCUCGCCCUGGAUAUCAAAGACCACCGCAGGCCAUGCGCUGGACAAUUACCGCGCGUUCAAACAGGACUGGAAGGCGACGCCCUACUGGCCGCCCAAUCUGGCCGUCAAGACGAAAAAGAGUGACCACAUCGCAUAUCUCAGCUGGAAUGGGGCAACCGAGGUGAAAAGUUGGGUCGUGUAUGCAAAUGACGCAACGGAUCAAUUGACCGGCGACGACAACGUCAUAGCACGAUUUUCUCGUGGAGGCUUCGAGACAGAACUGCCUCUCACCGAGUUCAACGUCUCGUACCUGCGGGCGGAAGCCCUCGAUCGAGAGAACCGGGUCCUCGCCUCAACGAGCAUCGUCGACGCAAAGACGGGCAAGGUGGUUUCGUCCGACACGGCCGUGGUCAACGUGAUUGAAGAAACCAGCAGCGACGAAGGCGACGACGGGGAUGACGACGACGAGAGCUCGACUCAGGCCUCUGCGUGGACGUCGUUGGACUAUGCCAGUGAGCAGGACUGGCAGACGGCCAUGGUCAUUUUUGUCAUUUUUGGCAUGGGUCUGAGUGCUGCCUGCCUCUCGUAUGCCCUGGUACUCAAGUGGCGCUGUGGUCGCAAGGAGCAGCAGUACACUUCGUUGUGA